UUAGCUGGGCAGUGUUGCUAACGUAAUGCUCGUUUACAAUUGCACUUUUACUAAACAUACGUAUUCAUUUCAGUAGUCGUGAGUAAUAACUGAGCGGUGUAAACGUCAGGUUGGGUCGCAAACUACUGAUACAUUGAUAGGAAGGAUAAGUUAACGUUAACAUUACCUGUGUUUACUAACGCUAGCUCUGGUACUCAUCAUGGCUAACGUUAGCUAAGCUAAGUUGUGUUUGCUGUUAAAAUACUCUUAAAAAGCAAUCUUAUGUUCACUUAAUCUUAAUCGUGAUAUAGUACAACAACUCCAAAUAAUGAGAAAACGCAGCUUUCGUUGACAUUGCCUUUCAGACAGGACAUAACUGCCAUGUUUGCAGAUGAUGAUCAGUUGCUAAGCUUGGGCAGUGUUGGAUCAACAGUACUUUCACCUUGACACUGAUACAACUGUAAAGCCUCCCCAAGGUUAAAACCUAAGGAGCAAGAUGUCAAUCACAAACACCCCCACAAGUAAUGAUGCCUGCCUGAGCAUUGUGCAUAGCCUGAUGUGCCACCGCCAGGGAGGAGAGAGCGAAAGCUUUGCUAAGCGAGCUAUUGAAAGUCUUGUCAAGAAGCUGAAGGAGAAGAAAGAUGAGCUGGAUUCCCUGAUCACAGCCAUCACUACGAAUGGAGCUCAUCCUAGCAAGUGUGUAACCAUACAGCGAACUUUGGAUGGACGCCUACAGGUUGCAGGGCGUAAAGGUUUUCCUCAUGUUGUCUAUGCCCGUCUGUGGCGAUGGCCUGAUCUACACAAGAAUGAAUUAAAACACGUGAAAUAUUGCCAGUAUGCCUUUGACCUGAAAUGUGACAAUGUUUGUGUCAACCCAUACCACUACGAGAGGGUUGUCUCUCCAGGCAUUGACUUAUCAGGACUGGCCAUUUCAAGUUCAGGUCCACUCUUGGUGAAGGAUGAGUAUGACUAUGACAACCAGCAAUCUCACUCAAGCUCUGAAAGCCACCUGCAGACUAUCCAGCAUCCCCCGUCGAGGCCCAGUCCACAGGAGACCUUCAGCAGUCCCGCUCUACUCCCCCCAUCAGAUGGCAGCAGUUCAGCUUCAACCUCUGCUUUCUCUACUGUCAGUGCUGGACCCUCAAAUCCUACCCCCAAUUGGAGUAGAAACAACAGCUUCCCCCCUGCGGUGCCUCAACAUCAGAAUGGGCAUCUACAGCAUCAUCCACCUAUGCCUCACACGGGGCAUUACUGGCCUGUUACCAAUGAAAUUGCAUUCCAGCCCCCCAUUUCCAAUCACCCUGCUCCAGAAUACUGGUGCUCUAUUGCGUACUUUGAGAUGGAUGUCCAGGUUGGGGAGACGUUUAAGGUGCCAUCCACAUGUCCGAUAGUGACUGUGGAUGGCUACGUGGAUCCAUCAGGAGGGGAUCGCUUCUGCUUGGGACAGCUAAGCAAUGUCCACAGGACAGAGAAUAUAGAGAGAGCCAGGCUCCACAUUGGCAAAGGCGUGCAGCUGGAGUGCAAAGGUGAAGGCGAUGUCUGGGUGCGCUGUUUGAGUGAUCACGCCGUGUUUGUGCAGAGCUAUUACCUGGAUCGAGAGGCCGGACGCGCCCCUGGAGAUGCUGUUCACAAGAUCUACCCCAGCGCUUACAUCAAGGUGUUUGAUUUGCGUCAGUGUCACAGGCAGAUGCAGCAGCAGGCAGCAACAGCUCAAGCAGCAGCUGCAGCCCAGGCAGCAGCAGUGGCCGGGAACAUUCCCGGGCCCGGCUCUGUGGGAGGUAUCGCCCCUGCCAUAAGUUUGUCUGCUGCUGCAGGCAUUGGGGUUGAUGACCUGCGCAGGCUGUGCAUCCUGCGGAUGAGUUUCGUGAAGGGCUGGGGGCCCGACUACCCACGGCAAAGCAUUAAAGAGACACCCUGCUGGAUUGAGAUCCAUUUACACCGAGCUCUACAGCUACUGGAUGAAGUUCUUCACACCAUGCCCAUAGCUGACCCUCAACCUCUUGACUGAGUUAAAAGACAUGAACUGUACAAUUAAAAAGAUUGUACUUCUAGCAGACCACUCCACCUAUGGGACUGGAGUGCCUGCAAGGAGGACUGCAACGACAGGGAUGCUGAGUUUGAGUGUAGAAAAACGUACACAAAGGCUGGCAGUAUAUUCCAAACACACUGCUUUCAAAUCCAGUGCUGCGAGAUGUUGCCAGUAUACUAAGUGAGACUCCUGGUGUGUAAGUUCAGUGACUUCUAAACAACAACUGAAGAAACAUGUGAAUCGUAGUACUCUGGACACUCGCUAAAAGAUGCGCAUGAAAAGGGAAGAAGGUAUUCUGACAUUGUUUACCAAUUGGAAUUGCAACAGCAUGAAGUGAACAAGGCUGUCUCUCAAAUCGCUGAUAUGAAUUAAAGAACGUGUCCACACCGAGAUUAAAAAGAUGUAAUAAACCUAUCAAUUAUUUAAGUAGCCUUAGUGCUAUACAAAGAAUUCAUACUCCGCUACUCUUUUUUCCAUAUUUAAGACUUACAGAGCCCCCAUAUCUGACUGACAAAAUUAUUUUUUUGAAUUGUUUAGCAAGGAGGCAAACUAUUAGACUUAAUCCAGAGAACAAUGUGGUUUCUUGUGUUGGAUGCAAACCUUUUAUUUACCGUGUCUAAACAUACUAAAAGUGAUUCCAGUUGGAGUAUACUGCUGGCCCAGUCCUCCUUUAUUGGCUCUCCGGUGCUUUAUGGCUUCAUGUAAUGGGUUUUUUUCCCCUCACAGAUAAGGACAUUUAUGUAAAAUGUUAUUCAUUACUGAUGUUUUUGUAAGAUGUAGUCUUAAAUAUUUUUCAAUGCUGACGAUCCUUGUUUGACAUUUUUUGACUGAAUAGUUGUUUUUAACGACGUAAGGAGCAAUUGAAGCACCCAUAUUAGUGGACCUCGGCUUCUCUGUCAACACCAUAAACCUGUUACAUUAUUCUGUCACCAGUCGAGGCUGUAAUUACAUUGAGAGGUGAUGUUUUCUACUGAUUUUUUAUAAAAUCCCAAAUAUUAAUUGAAAUUAUAAAAUAUUUUCAAAAGAAAAGCUUAUUGUAACACAUCUGUGUAAUAUUAUUUGUAGUUAUUUUUUUAUUAGAUGCCCACAUAGUGUCCAUUAGCACUUUUAUUAAUUUGUAAUAUUUUGUCUUGUUUCAUAGUCUCGUGUGGUUACUUGUUGUAUCCAUAUAAUCUCUUAGCAUAGUGGAAAAGUUUUACUUGCUAAUGACUUUGGUGAGAGCCAUGAAAAAUGUGCUUCAGAGUGUCUGCCCAAAAUCUGUAUUUUCAGUAAGAAACACUCACCGACUACAGGAUUGAAAGGUGAAUUUACCAUUCUGGCAAAAUGAUGACUGCUUGGAACAUAUUGACUUGUGGUUAAUUUGAAACCUUGUCUGUGUACGAUGACACCGACGUUAAACAACCACCUUUCAAACCUACAGCCAGAUAAAUCCGUCUGUAUUUGUUGUAUACUGUUUUUAAAGUCUGUGGCGACAUUCCUGUGCUGGCACACACCGGUAGUGAUGUUUUUAAAGCCAGCCAGCAGCAAUUGAUUUGCCAGCAACUCAGUAUGGCAGAGCCUAUAUGUCGUAAGCACGUGUCAACAGUGUUGUGUAAUUACACUGCAGGUUUAAUGUAACACAGCUGAGAAAAGAAAACAAGAAAUUAACUGUGAGAGGAAGUUUAAGCCAUAUUGAUGCCAAAUAUGAAAAGACAAACGGUUAUCAGAUUGCAGUCAUCUCAGUGUUAAGUCGCUUGUAAAAGCUUGGUUUUAAUGAUCAACUGAAUGAUUUUAGUUUUUGCUCUGCACUAUUGAUUUAACAAUAUUUUAGUAUUUGGAGCUCUGUUUACCUAUAGCUAUUGCAGUAUUUUAUACUCUUUUACUACCUUUACAGCGAUGAACCACUUGGGUCAUAAUUGAAAAUAAUUUAAGAAAAUAAAAACGCUGUACAAUUUUCAGGAAAUGCAAGGUCAUGCUCAUCUUAACAUUGUGUCAUACAUUCUGAAUGCAUACGGAGUUUGAAUGAUAUUGGUGUUUAUAUGUAUGAAUAUGGUUGAAUAAAAUCUAAUGGGCUAACACGUCGA